AUGUCCGUGGAACGUGUAACUGAUGUUGCUUCGAAUGCGAAUGAAGAAGAUUUGUUAAAAUCUAUCGAUCGUCCAGUCGAUGAAUACGCAUAUUGGGAACAACAGAUCGAUGCAGUUUUAUGCACGUUGGUUAAAAAAGGUUUAAUGAAUCUUCAUCAACUUCGUCAUGGUGUUGAAUCCAUUGACAAACCUCUUUAUAAUAAACUAAGCUAUUACGAACGAUGGACAAUAUCCAUUGCAAAGCAUUGUUUAGAAUCAGGUUUAUUGACACAAAAUGAUCUAAAUCAAACGUAUGGUUCGCCAUUGUGUUCAACAGACGAGCAACUAUUUCAUGUUGGAGAUUAUGUACGUGUUCAACAUGAAAAUUACGCGACAAGAUGGAUUAAACCACAUUUACGCACUCCAGGUUAUAUUUAUGGAAAAACGGGAGUUAUUGAAAAGUUUUGUGGAGUUUUUCAAAAUCCGGAAUACUAUGCAUAUGAAAACAAUGAUGCAAAUCAAGAACAUCGACAACCUCUCUAUCGAGUGCGAUUUAAUCAAAAAGAUGUUUGGAAUGAUUAUCAAGGAAACGACAAUGAUACGAUUGAUAUCGAAAUUUAUCAACAUUGGUUAUUGCCUGUGUCGAAAUCGGAUUUAACAGAUGAAAAGAAGGAAGAGCAUUUACAUCGUCAUCAUCAUCACCAUCAUGAUCAUCAUGAAGAUGAACAUCAUGAUCAUGUUCAUGAAGAACGAAAUAUAAUCGAACAAAGAGCGAUUGAUCGUGAAGGAAAUCCUUCGUCAAUUCAACAUUUAGCUGAAUCAUUAAUUAAUUCACUGAUUGAGAAAAAGCUUCUCAAUUAUAAUGAAUUAAGAAAACAGAUAGAAACCAUUCAGAUGGCUGGAACGAAUUCAAAAGGUGCAGAACUUGUUGUCGAAGCUUGGUUAAAUCCAACAUUUAAGGAAAAUCUGCUGAAAGAUCCAACAAAUACCAUAAAGCAGUUUUUAAAUUUUAAUGAUUUCAGUACAAAUAUGUGUGUCGUGGAAAGUACCGAUGAGAUUCAUAAUCUGAUCGUUUGUACACUCUGUUCAUGUUAUCCACGGCAAUUACUUGGUCUUCCACCUGGCUGGUACAAAUCAAGAUCAUAUCGAACUCGUGCGCCGAGAAAUCCUCGACAAGUGUUGAAAGAAUUCGGAACGGAAAUACCUGAACAUGUGAAAAUACAAGUUCAUGAUAGUACAGCAGAUUUACGGUAUUUAGUGCUUCCGCGUCGACCGAAGGAAACUGAAGGUUGGUCGAGAGAACAACUAAUUCCAUUGGUUACUCGGGAUGCGAUGAUCGGGGUGUCGGAAGUCAAACUUUAG